UUGCCAAGCAAUCUCCACGAGAAAGAUACCCAUCUUUGCCAAAGAAUACAACUGGAAUGUGAAAAGAUUACCACCUACUUCACCGUCUCUCUCUAAAACCUGAAUUGAUAUCUGAUCAGAUUUCCUUUGCCCUUCAAUCACCUUCCCUUCUCUAUGGAGAGAAGAAAGCAUAAAGCAAGCACAGAUGAAUUGGACGUCAUGAAAGCCGCAGCAUGGGAGUGGUACCAGCAUGGAUCAGGCUCUGAAGGGAAAACAGUUCGCGAAUUCGAUCUCACAAGGCCAAGGAGAUCCCCAGGACCAUCUCGGUACAAGCUAGAAGUGAUGAGGAUGGCUGAUGAUAACACAGAGGAGGGAUCAUCGCAGUCAAGAAGCAUAAUUUCUCUACUUGAUCCAUAUGAAGUUGGAAGGAUCUCCAAGCAUCUAGAAUAUCUCAUAGAGUCUACUAGGGAUAACUAUUAUGAUGAGUCUCAUUCCAGUACUGGUUAUCAAGAUCGUAAGAAAGAAGGGUCGUUGCCAGAGAGCAAGAAGAAGAAGAAGAAGGAGAAGAAUAGUAAGAGAUUUAAUGGGUUCUUCUCAUGUGGUUCACGGGGAGAUGUGGUGGAAGGAAGAAUGCUGGUGGGGCGUAGGAUGCCAUAGUAUGGCUCCGUCGUUGGGUUGGCCCAGUGGCUCCCACGAGUCCCCAAAGAUGCCGAGUGAUUUGCAUUAUUGCUGCGUUCGGGUUUGGUUUGAGGCCAAGUUUUGUGUGCAAAGUGGAUAACGAAUAUAAUAAUUAGACUGGCUUUGGGUGUACUUCUUCUGUUAAUUGCUAUGUAUAGUUCUAACC